UAACAGCAUAUGCUCAACAGGUGUAAUCCGCUUUAAUCUGGACUUCUUACUGUGGCCAUGUAGAUUUGGAAGAUAGGGAGUGAAUGAAAGCAAAAACAGUCGUUGUUGCUCUUUUAAUUAUUAUUAUUAUAGGUUUCAUAUCAAAUGAAGUCUUUAAAUUAUCUUUAAUGUAAUUUAAUCACGUGGAAAGAGAUUCUAUUUGGAUUCUAUUAUUGGAUUGAGGGUAGCAGAUUACCAGCCCACAAUUUCAUUACACUGGGAAGAGAAGCUACUGGAGUAAACAAUCCAGCUUUUUCAUGUAUCGGGAACAUCGAUAAUCAGGUGUUCACCAUGCUCACCAGCUUUGUGGAUGGAAUAUUCUGUUGCUUUACAGGGAAGUCUACUAACGUUGUGGUCCCUAUCGAGUCCUCCGAGCCCACCGAUGGUUUUGAAUUUGUUGAGGUAAAGCCAGGAAGGGUUCUGAGAGUUCGGCAUAUUAUCCCAGACAGACCAGUGGUCGAGGAGCCAGGGACUGGGGAAGGGGGUACGGUCAGCUGCAAGCGCAAAAUCUCAGUGUACAGAAAUGGACAGCUUCUGAUCGAGAACAUCAAUGAAGCCACCCAUCCAGAGUUGGUCCGCUAUCAGAAUGGAGACAGCAACAUGGAUACGGAUGUUUCCAAUUGUGAGGCUCCCCCAGCAGCCCAGGCUUCUGAACCCACACCGGGGUCGGCGACCGCAGAACAAGCUACAGAUAACAAACCUGCACCUCAGCAGGAUCUGCAGCAAGUGCAGCGCAGACGGCGCAAACCCAAACGCUCCAUUGUGAUUGACUGUGAGCGGAAGAUCACAUGCUGCAAAGGUACUCACCCUGACGUGGCCUUGUUUUUCAUUCACGGAGUCGGGGGGUCGUUGGAUAUCUGGGGAAGCCAACUGGACUAUUUCUCCCAACUUGGUUACGAGGUCAUUGCCCCAGACUUGGCCGGCCAUGGUGCAAGUUCAGCUCCUCGGAUUCCCGCUGCCUAUACCUUUUACGCUUUGGCUGAGGACGUUAGGAUCAUCUUCAAGCGAUAUGCAAAGAAGCGGAAUAUUUUAGUAGGACACUCUUAUGGUGUCUCGUUUUGUACCUUCCUGGCUCAUGAGUAUCCGGAACAAGUUCAUAAAGUUGUCAUGAUUAACGGUGGAGGUCCUACAGCGCUCGAGCCCAGUCUCUGCUCUGUCUUCAACUUGCCCACGUGUGUCCUUAAUUUCCUGUCCCCGUGCCUCACCUGGAGCUUUCUCAUGGCUGGUUUUGCCCAUCAGGGAACGAGAGAAAAGAAACUACUUAAAGAGAACAAUGCCUUCAACGUGUCUUCCUUCGUUCUACGGUCCAUGAUGAGUGGACAGUACUGGCCGGAGGGCGACGAGGUUUACCAUGCUGAAAUCACAGUGCCUGUUCUGCUGGUACACGGCAUGUACGACAAGUUUGUACCAGUACAAGAGGACCAACGUAUGGCAGAGAUCCUAUUGCUGGGGUUCCUGAAGAUCAUAGAUGAUGGAAGUCACAUGGUCAUGAUGGAGUGCCCUGAUGUAGUUAAUACUCUCUUACACGAAUUCUUCCUGUGGCAGCCAGCAACCGCCUCAAAACCCAAGCAGGAAUCAGCCCCCACAAAGACCACCACUACCAAACCUCCAGAGGACACAACGAGACCAAAAACUGCCCCCAAGUCACCGUCCAAAUCUCAACCAGACUUGACAAGACCAACAACUGCACCAAAAAGCGUCAAUACUGGGACGGAGGCUACAGUGGACAUCAGAUCUAAGGGCAUGAAAUAGCUUGUCUAUCUAUAAACAAGUGAUGGUAUACAUUUAAAAGCGUUCAAUUUGCUCUACUCUUGCAUGUGGGCCAAAUUUAAUGGAACUGUUUGAAUGUAUGUCGUUGUAUAUUUACUAGUUGUUGUAUGACUGCAGGAAACAAAUUAAAGGAACAGCUCAGAUGGGUGUUUGUCCCAGAGCAGAAUGGGUUUUACUUGCUUUCAUGUUAUACAGGUGCUGGUCAUAUAAUUAGGAUAUCAUCAAAAAGUUGAUUAAUUUCACUAAUUCCGUUCAAAAAGUGAAACUUGUAUAUUAUAUUCAUUCAUUACACACAGACUGAUAUAUUUCAAAUGUUUAUUUCUUUUAAUUUUGAUGAUUAGAGCUUACAGCUCAUGAAAGUCAAAAAUCAGUAUCUCAAAAUAUUAGAAUAUUUACAUUUGAGUUUGAAUAAAUGACCAUCCCUACAGUAUAAAUUCUGGGUAUCUCUUGUUCUUUGAAACCACAAUAAUGGGGAAGACUGCUGACUUGGCAAUGAUCCAGAAGACGAACAUUGACACCCUCCACAAAGAGGGUAAGUCACAGAAGGUCAUUACUGAAAGGUGUGGAUGUUUACAGAGUGCUGUAUCAAAGCAUAUUAAAUGCAAAGUUGACUGGAAGGAAGAAUUUGGGCAGGAAAAGGUGCACAAGCAACAGGGAUGACCGCAAGCUUGAGAAUACAGUCAAGCAAAGCCGAUUCAAACACUUGUGAGAGCUUCACAAGGAGAGAACUGAAGCUGGAGUCAGUGCAUCA